UUUACGUCAUUGCAAAAGGGAAAAUAAGGCCGCUCUCAUGACUAGCGUGGAUUCGCGUACGGGUCUGUUUCCAAAGAAGGGGUAUUUGCCAACUGGAACAGACGAAAACAUGUCAAAUGGCGACAUUGAACCGCAAGUGAGAACUCCGCCGAGAAAACCGAAGCCUUCUUAUGAAAAUAUGGAAGAUCGGACUUUUACAGACGAUCCUAUGGCCAACCAUCAAUAUGAGGAACCCGUUGAUAUUCGUAGCAGAAAUAGAGAGAGACCGAUCCCUGGAUCCAGCACGACAGGAGACAAUCGCAGUAGGCCCAAGAGAUCAUCAAAGGGCGAAAAUGACUUUGCAGAUGGGUAUCAUCGAAGCGUGCUUCCAAAUAUCUUCAAGAUUGUGAUUUUUGCCUCAUUUUUCUUGGCUUUGGCGGCUUUUCUUCUGGUUGUCUUUAUUAUGGCUGGGGUGAUUACCACUUCAGAGUGUAAUGGGUGUCAGAAAAAUCUAGUGUCGGGACAAGACCCAUCAGAUUCGUCUAUUGUUGCUAAGCCAGUUGAGGAGCGGUUGCGGGAAGAAAUUAAAAAACUCAAAUCAAACUUCAGCAAAUUAGGCGCAGAGGUGAAAAGGAGGGAUGAAUCUAUAUCGAAGCUUCUAAAGGACGAUUUCAAGCAAGCUGCCGAGAUAGCCGAACUGGAGAGAAAAGCAAGCUAUCGGGUGUUCGUCUUCAACGAUACGACAUUUAACAUCAGUAGCUUUCUCGGGCCACAAAUUGGCAUCAAGGGCGAGAAUGGACCUGACGGAAUGACAGGAAAGACAGGCCCGGGAAAUAUGACUUCGUGUCGCUACAUCAGCGAAGCGAGUGCCCCGUAUACACCUGCUCCGUCGGGCAAUGGUCAAAAUGUGAUCGUAACGGAGCCAAUGGGAAAAAGAAUAAUCGGAGUCACUUGUUCCACGCGCGGAGCGUCUGAGUACAAUUUAAAAAGCGUAGUGAACGCCGUUAAUAAUAUGCGGCAGUACGAAUGUGAAUGCCGAGGAAAAUCGAGCGUGUUUCCAGUUGGCGCUGGACAAGGUCUAUGUAUCAUGCAUUACUGGAUCUGUGAUUCGUUUUAUUAGAUUGAACUGACCAACGCAGCUGUCCGUUUCCCUCAACUGAUUAUUUAUAACUAUAUAAAUGCUGAUUUACAAUUUAUCGCAUUCGGAAAUAUGAAAAGAUUUGGUGGUCGAUUGAUAAUGAGUAAAAUAAGCGAAAAUUCUUCAUUUUCGCUUACAUAAUUACCACAGUUAUUAAUCAUAAAAUUAGAACGUGGCUAUUUGUUCAUUUCCAAUUUAGGAUGAUAAAAACCGGCUUCCGGGACAGGCACUGCUGUAAACAUGAGAAAGCAGUGUAUUCUUAUUAGAAAUACCCAGCCCGUCUUUAUUCAUAAACGAGAGAAUCUGCAGAGUCGUGUACUCGUAUGACGGCUGGCACGAAUUUUAUCCGCACAGGAAAGACUUCACAUAUUUAAGAGUGACCGUAGAGUGAUCGGACACGUACUACUCAUUCCAAAAUUCACCCCAUGAUCGCGAAAAUCGUACAUACUGAAAACUUUUCUUUUAACGAAACAUUUGACAACAAACAGAAGGAGAAAUACUAUAGUCCUAUGCUAACUGUACAUAGUAAACAUCAAAAGAGUAAAAGACUGGUUUUAGAGCCGGAAUAUAUCAGGUACGAGAUGUUCAUGAGUCCAGUCCCUUGUCCAAAUUUCCACCAAGUGGUGCCGGCUUACAGUGCCUGAACCGGUUCUUUUCAUGUCAAAUUAUUUUUAUGUGUAAAAAGCGCCAAGGACAGAAACAGUAAUGAUUUCUGGCCAAUAUUUAUUGCCAUUUCGGUGUUGUUAAAAAUGUGUUAAUGCUAGCUAGUCAACAACACCCGUCUUGCCAUAGUUGUCAAACUUGAAACAAUGCCAGUGUUUUGUAAUAAAGAACUGUAUUU